AUGUCUUCCUCGGACAACAAAGUCUCGGAGGCCGAAGUGCGCAAGGCCCAAGCGGACUGGUCGAGGGCAAUUACGCGAAUCUCGAAAAUCUUUCUGGAUGGAGGCGACUAUAUAGCUGCUGCUGGUGAGGCCGCGGGUGAGCUCUAUGGCUACGGAUACACGAAUGUGCUCUUCAAGCCAACCAAGGCCAAAGACUGCCAGUUCCGCCCGAUGGCAUCCCAAGCUUUGUCGUACUUCGUCGGCUGCAAUGCAGUGGAAGACGGUAUUCCGGAAGACGGAGGUUUCGCAAUCAAUGGUGGCAAAGGCUGGUCGGAGGUUGUGUUCGACAACCACCAGAUCAACUUGAAAGGCAACGUCGCCAUUGCAAUGGGAAACUACUAUUUCACGAGCACAGCGGAUGGCAGCAAGACCAAGGUCGAGUACACGUUUGGGUACCAGAAAAAUUCCGAUGGACGAGUACGAAUCUUCCUGCACCAUUCGUCAAUGCCGUUCAGCCCUGCCUCAUCUGCCGUUACGGAGGCGGACGUGCAAGCUGUGCAGACUGGCUGGGCCAAUGCCAUCAAGUCUAUCUCCAAGACUUACCUU